ACCACCUACCGUAAAACAACCGUCCCGUUUGCACAAAUUUCCCCGUGUUUUUCCGCUCCCCCCUCCCUCCUCUCUUCUUCUUCUCCUGUUCGCUUUUUUUGUUUGUUUUUUCUUGUAAUCCUUGUUUUGUUGUUCCGUGUGUUCCUCCUCAAAGAUGGCCUGUCAGGGGCUCCAGAAAGGGGAAACCCUGGCGACACUGAAGAGUGAGAGCGAGAGUCUGAAGAAGAAGCUGGAGGAGGAGCGGGGCAAGCUGAACGAUGUGGAGUUGCACCAGGUGGCUGAGAAGAUUGAGGUGCUGAGUGCUCUCUCCAUAAAGACCAGACGUGUGCUGAAGGGUCACGGGAACAAGGUGCUUUGUAUGGACUGGUGCAAAGACAGACGUCGUAUAGUCAGCUCUUCACAGGAUGGAAAAGUGAUUGUCUGGGAUGCAUUCACUCUUAAUAAGGAGCAUGGAAUUACCCUGCCGUGCACAUGGGUUAUGGCAUGUGCCUAUGCCCCCUCAGGUUGUGCAGUGGCGUGCGGUGGAUUGGAUAACAAGUGCUCAGUGAUCCCGCUGUCACUGGACAAAAACGAGAACUUGGCCGCGAAGAAGAAGUCGGUCGCCAUGCACACCAACUAUGUGUCAGGAUGCACCUUCACCAACUCUGACAUGCAGAUCCUGACCUCCAGUGGUGACGGCACAUGUGCCUUGUGGGAUGUGGAGAGUGGCCAGCUGCUGCAGAGUUUUCAUGGUCACACAGCUGAUGUCUUGUCCUUGGACCUCGCCCCAUCUGAAACUGGGAACACUUUUGUCUCUGGGGGCUGCGAUAAGAAGGCCAAUGUGUGGGACAUGCGCUCUGGACAGAACAUUCAGUCUUUUGAGAGCCACGAGUCUGACAUCAACUGUGUAAAGUACUACCCCAGCGGAGACGCAUUUGCUUCUGCUUCUGACGAUGCCACAUGCCGUUUCUAUGAUCUACGAGCUGACCGUGAAGUAGCCGUCUACCAGAAGGACAGCAUCAUAUUUGGUGCUUCCACUGUGGACUUCUCUCUCAGCGGUCGCCUGCUCUUCGCUGGUUAUAAUGACUACACCAUCAAUGUGUGGGACGUCUUGAAGGGAACUCGUGUCUCCAUCCUGUUUGGGCAUGAGAACCGCGUCAGCAGAGUCAGAUCGUCACCUGACGGCACGGCCCUCUGCUCGGCCUCCUGGGACAACACCUUACGGAUCUGGGCCUGAUGUUUACAUGGUGGUUGUGAUCCAGCAAAGAUGGCACCAACCUUAUGUGACCGCCAGCCACACAAGUCGUCGCCUGAAAUCAACACACAGAAACACAAACACCCAAAACAUCUCCUCUGAAUGAGAAUAUGUCAUUGUAUCAUUACUGUAGGGUGGGUAUCCAUUUAAACAAACUGUUCAUCAAGUUUGAAUUCCUGAUCUUUGUUUCUGAUAGCUUGACAACUGGUACUGUAUAAUUAUGUACGUGUUAUUGCUAAUGUAGUGGGAAAUAAUUGUCACUGUAAAGAGCCAAAAUAAGCUGUAGAUAUCAGCAGCAUGUGUCUGCUCUGCUAUGUAGACCUACAGGCAGUAAUUGCUGAUUGUCUUGUAAAUUAUGCACAUUGGUUUACUCCUCUGUCAGUGCCACACCUUUCCAGAACAACGCUGUAGGUGUGCACACUGUUAUUAUCCGUAUUACUCUUGUAGGUUAUGUCAUGAUUAUCCUAAGGAAGGCAACUUUAAAUUUAACCUUGUAUUUUUCUUAUUUCAAAAUAUGUAAACCAUAACAUCGUAGGUUAAU